UUAUUCCCGCCGUUGCGCCCUUUACUCCCCUUUCCACUCUCUCCGCCCCUGAGCCGCCGAUCCUUGUCCCGAUGAAGACCGCUCUUAGCGCCGCCGUUGUGCUCGGUGGGCUUGCCGCGCGGGCAACGGCCCAAUGCCGCCUCCUGCCGGGGGAUGCCGGCUGGCCUGAUGCUGCCGCUUGGGCGGCCCUGAACGAGACGGUCAACGGCCGGCUGGUCGCCUCCGUGCCCAUCGGCCAUGUCUGCCACGACCCGACCUACGACGCCGAUGCGUGUGCUGCCCUGCAGAAGGGAUGGACCCGCCCCAUGACACACCUGGGCUCCUCGUCCUCCGUCAUGCAGCCCUUCUUCGCCAACCAGAGCUGUGACCCCUUCACGGAACAGUCAAAACCGUGCCAGCUCGGCAACUAUGUCAGCUACGCCGUCAACGUCUCCUCCGCUGGCGACAUCCAGGCCGCAGUCCGGUUUGCUACCAAGAAUAACAUCCGUCUUGUCGUGCGCAACACGGGCCAUGAUUACUUCGGGCGGUCGACCGGCGCCGGUGCGCUGGCCAUCUGGACGCACUAUCUCGACAGCAUCGACUUCUUCCCCUUUUCCGACGCCUCCUACAACGGCACCGCCAUGAAGAUUGGCGCUGGCGUGAUGGGCUACCAGGCCGUCCAGGCCGCCGACGCCGCCGGUUUGGUGGCCGUAACCGGCGAAUGUCCGACCGUCGGACUGGCCGGCUUCACCAUGGGCGCUGGACACUCGGCCCUGAGCACGAGCUUCGGCCUGGGUGCCGACCAGGUGCUGGCCUACGAGGUGGUAACCGCUGACGGACAGCUCGUGACAGCGUCCCCGACCCACAACAGCGACCUGUACUGGGCGCUGUCGGGCGGCGGUCCGGGUACCUACGGCGUGGUCGCCAGCAUGACGGUGCGUACCUACCCGGCGGCCAUGAUCGGCGGCGCCAGCAUCGCGCUCUCGGCCGCGUACACCACCCCGGAAAAGUUCCAGCAGGCCCUCGCCGCGCUGCACGCGCUCCUCCCAAACAUGACCGACCUCGGUGCCGACAUCAUCUACACGGCGACCAACAGCGUCCUCCAAAUCAGCCCCGUGACCGUCUUCAACAGCACGGGCGAGUACGUCAACACGACGGUGCUCGCGCCCUUUACCGCCAGACUCGCCGCCCUCGGCAUCCCUUUCCGCGCGCAGUACACAACCCUGUCCUACCUCGACCACUACGCCACCUAUCUGGGCCCGCUGCCCAACGGCAACCUGGCCGUCUCGUCGUACCAGUUUGGCUCGCGGCUGAUCCCCCGCUCCGUUCUGCUCUACAACAACACGGCCCUGCAGUCGGUCCUCCAAAACCUCACCAGCCACGGCGUCAUCCUCGCCGGCAGCGCGGCAGACUACCGCUCCAAGACGAUGACGACGACGACGACCACCACCACCACCACCACCACGACGGCUACCCUUCUCAAGAAGAACGACAGCGCCAACGCCGUCCUGCCCCAGUGGCGCGACACGACGGUGCAACUGCAGCUCAUCACGCGGUGGAACAACACGCCCUCGGCCUGGGACGCCAUGCUCGCGGAACAGCGGCGCAUGACGGAGGAAUACGUGCCCCAGUUGGAGAGCGUCACGCCCGGCGGCGGAGCGUACGUGAACGAGGCCGAUUUUCGGCUGCAAGAGUGGAAGCGGGAUUUCUUUGGCGUCAAUUAUGGCCGGCUCAUGAGUAUUAAGGCCAAGUGGGAUCCUGAGGGUGUGUUCUGGGUGCUGAAAGGAGUCGGGAGCGAUAGGUGGGCUGUGGAUGGGGAGGGGAGGUUGUGUAGGACCGACCAAGACUAAGAUAAGAAUGAGAAGGGACCCGUGGUGCGGUUGAUGUUGGG